AUGAGUUUCCAUAUGACCGCUGAGGAAGGUUCCAUCAGAGUCCUGGGCGAUAAGCGCACCCUGAUCGGUCGGCUUGAAGACGAAAACGGGGAAUAUCAGGAUGCGAGCAUUGAUCUUGACCAGUUUCUCGGAAACAACAACGGUAGCUUCCAGUGGGACGGCGUUUCAUUUUCCGAGACUGCUGAAGGGGUCCAUUUCGACAUUGAGGGUGGAUCCAACGUCCCCGUCCUACGUGCCCAGUUGCGAAACGAGGCGGGUGAUUAUGUAGAUGCCAAUGUCAACCUGGCUGAGCGUAUCAGGAAUGAAAAUGGACAGUUCCAGUUUGAGUAA